UGCUAGCUAUUGUUGUUUUUGUGGCACAUUUGGAGCAGGUUGCUGGCGUUGUCUUCAUUUACCGAACAGCCAAAACGAUUUCAACGAACGAACUAAACGGAGCUCAAAACAAUUUUCCGUUUUUUCUAAUUUUUGUUUCUUUUUUUUUAACGUGAAGUGAAGCAAACAAAAGCCUUUCAACAAUGGGCAUUGGAUAUGGGACCGCCGACGAGGAGUUGGAGAAACAAAUCGGAUGCGUCAAGUACACGCUCUUCUGCUUUAACAUUGUCGCCUGGAUGAUCUCCACGGCACUGUUCGCAUUGACUGUCUGGCUGCGUGCUGAACCCGGUUUCAAUGAUUGGCUACGCAUUCUGGAUGCACAGUCCUUCUACAUUGGCGUCUAUGUGCUGAUUGCCAUCAGCAUCAUUAUGAUGGCAGUAAGUUUCCUGGGCUGUCUCAGUGCACUCAUGGAGAACACACUGGCAUUGUUCGUCUUUGUCGGCACUCAGAUCUUUGGCUUUGUGGGCACUGUGGCCGGAUCGGCCAUAUUGCUGCAGUACAGCACAAUCAAUUCGAGUCUGCAGCCACUGUUGGAUGUAUCAUUGCGUCGCUUUGUGGCCACCUCGGAAUACACAUACUCCAACUAUGUGCUGACCAUGAUCCAGGAGAAUAUUGGCUGCUGCGGUGCAAGUGGCCCUUGGGACUAUUUGGAUAUGCAUCAGCCGUUGCCCAGCUCGUGUCGCGAUACUGUCAGCGGCAAUGCGUUCUUCAGCGGAUGCGUCGAUGAGUUGACCUGGUUCUUUGAGGGCAAGACGGCGUGGAUUGUGGGUCUGGCCAUGACCAUGGCCAUGAUGAAUGUGGUCUGUGGCGUUAUGAGCUUUGUGCUUGUGCAGGCCGUCAAGAAGGAGGAGGAACAGGCUAGCAACUACAGGCGCUAGGCUACAAAGCUCUGUCAGCUUGUUAGAGUUAACAUAAACAAAAAGUGCAAAAGAAUGUAAGAUGUCCAUGCUUCGUAGAUCCUAAGUUUUCAUUUCGAACAAUAAGUACGUUAAUAAAACAAACAGUAAACCAAA